AUGCCUUUGCUUGCUGAAAGCAGCAAGGGAGAUUUACCACUCUGCCUGGGAUUUCUGUGUGCCUAUGAAAGCCUCGGGAAGCUCGGAAACAGUCUAGUAAAAGCAUUUAUUUGUGAUGAUGCUGACCGAAAUCGAGAUCCAAGGACUUACCUGUUGGCAGAGUCCCACCUCCCCGAGCGAAGCGUGGCCAUCGUUGGUCACUGGCCUCACCAGGGCACAGAGCAGCCCUGGGAUGAGCCCUCAGCCAGCUCUCUAAGACAGAUUAAGUUUAACCCCACGGUGCGACACAUUGUGAUUAAUGAGCACAAGGAUGUCACAUUUAAUUGCUCCAUCAAAGUACCUCAGCAACUGCUCAGGCCGGACACUCCGGGCAUUUCCUUGUGGAAGGAUGGGAGGGAGCUGCAUGUGCUGGACCGCAUCGCCACCAGCCACUUCGAGAUCUCUGAUGAGGAGGAGGUGGCAAUGACCUCCACCUUCAGCAUCCUUGCCACCCAGCGCUCGGAUAACGGCUCCUACGUCUGCAAACUCAACAUCUCUGGCACAGAGGUGGUGUCGGAUCCAAUCUCAGUGCAGCUGGAAGGGCUCCCACACUUCAUUCGUCAGCCUGAGAAGCUGAAUGUCACCAAGAACAGUCCAUUCAACCUCACAUGCCAAGCCGUGGGCCCACCAGAACCUGUGGAGAUCUACUGGUUUCGCAACAACGUCCAAGUCAAUGAGAAGCCCCACAUCUCCCCAUCAGUCCUGACCGUGCCAGGUCUCAAUGAAACAACGCUGUUCAGCUGUGAGGCUCACAACAGUAAAGGGCUGACGGCGUCCAAGCCGGGGCAGGUCAAUGUGAAAGGAAUACCAUCCGCACCUGCCAGCGUGCGCGUCCUCAACCGAACAGCCCACAGUAUCGUAAUAUCCUGGGUGCCGGGCUUUGAUGCGUUCUCCGCCUUGAACAGCUGCAGUGUCCAGGUCAAGGAAGUUGUUCCACGAAGCAACAUCUCGCUUCUGGUCUUCAACACCUCAGUGCCUCCCCACGCGUAUCACAUCCAGCAGCUGGGACCCAUGGCAGACUAUAACAUCCGUGUUUCCUGCGGGAAUGAAGUCGGCUGGUCGGCGUUUAGCCCCUGGAUAACUGCCAGCACCACCGAGGGAGCUCCCACCACCCCACCACUGAAUGUCACGGUGUCAUUCAAUGAAUCCAGCUCCUCCCUGGAGAUCCGAUGGCUGAAGCCACCCCUGGGGAGGAUCCAUGGGGAACUGCAGGGUUAUCACAUUUGGUACAGGUGGCAGAACUCCAAGGGGUUGCAGAACGUCUCCGCUGAAGCCCGGCAGAAUGCCAGUGUGGCCGUCCUGCCCGUGGUAGCCACCAACGCCACCUGCUCCAUCCGUGUGGCUGCCGUCACCAAGGGAGGAGUAGGACCUUUCAGCAGCCCGGUGGAGGUCUUCAUCCCUGUCAGCGGAUUAGUAACCUCAGCCCCUUCUUCGACUUCAGCCUCGGGGAACACAGACUCCUUUAUCGUAGCUCUGGGCUUUAUCUGCGGGACGAUUGCCGUCGGGCUGAUCCUCUGCUUGUCUGUUGUCAUCCAGAAACGAUGCGUCGAAACAAAAUACGGGUAA